UUCCUAGAGGACGUUUAAUAAAACAAAAUUUAACAAAUGGAAUUUGAUAUUCCAUAUACAUGUGCUUAUUAAAAUUUAAAAUGAAUCCGUUUAUGUUAAUAUCGUCUUUGGUGACAUCGUAUAUUUUCAUUGUGGAAGGACAGUCAUCAUGCACAACGCCGUCAAGUGAUGUCGGCAGUUGUGUCUCUCUGUUCGACUGCAACGAACUUUUAAGUAUCGUGAAAAAGCCUGAUAAAUCUCAAAAAGAUAUUGAUAAGUUGCGAAGCUUUACUUGCGGAUUUGAAGGGAAUACACCUAGAGUAUGUUGUCCAACACAAAACCAAACGAAAUUCCAAAGUCUUCUGCCAGAACGUAACCCCAACUUUAAUCCGGAUCUCAUCAAAGACUGUGAUGGAAAACCUGGUGUUUCGCCUCCUGACCCUUAUUCAGGCUGUUGUGGGAAACAAGUAGCCGAGGAUGAUCAUAUUAUUAGCGGCGACAUUGCAAAAAUAGAUGAAUUUCCCUGGUUAGUGAUAAUCGAGGGCUCGGAGAACAACACUACCAAGUUUCUUUGCGGAGGAGCUCUCAUCAGCGAUCGAUAUGUGCUCACAGCUGCGUUUUGUGUUACUGAAAUAGAUAUUUAUCCUCCCAGCAACAUUCGUCUUGGCGAAUACGACACCUCAAACGAAAUCGACCAAAUGGACUGCGUAGGGUUUGUAGGAGGUUCCGACUGUUCCGAUGCCGGUGUGGUCAUACCUAUUGAAAAGAUCAUCCCACAUCCCGACUACAACCCUUAUGACGAGAAUAGGAAACAUGAUAUCGCUUUGCUGAGGAUGAGUAAAUCAGCGCCUUAUUCCGAUUUCAUCCGUCCAAUUUGUCUACCAAUAUCCGAUACGACUUUAUCACCACCGUCUCGCCGGGAAUUGUUUGCGGCCGGAUGGGGUAUUAGCACUUACAGACCGAGUAACUUAAAGUUAUAUGCAGAACUACCACUUGUGUCACAUUCUGAAUGCCAAGCCAUAUCCGACGUCAAGGGUCACGAACUCGAUCUAUGGCAGGGACAAAUAUGCGCUGGUGGUGGUAAAGAUGAACGUACAGAUUCCUGCAGAGUAGACUCGGGAGGUCCUCUUAUGUGGCGAAAGCGUGAUAGAAAGGGGUUAUUUGAAGUUGUCGGGAUUGCCAGCUAUGGACCAAGUUUGUGUGGGGUGGAGAAUUUUCCUCUUGUUUUUACAAAAGUGUACGAGUAUAAUUCUUGGAUUCGCCAGACUAUUACUUCAUAGUAUAUUAGACUCAGAUUUUUUCAUAUUAAAUUUGUAAUUGCCCUUAUUUAAAAAAAAUUCUGUAUCACUUAAUAACAAGCACCUUCACUGACUCUGUCGAAAUAUAUGGGUCUGAUUCUGGUACAAUGGAGUCAUCAUGGUAGAGAAUUUUUGAAAAGGGAUGACGAUUGCAACUUUUUGACAUACCAGAUUACUCACAAUGGACAUAAGUCGACAAUCAACAUUUAAUAUGCCACGACUUGUCAGAAGCAGUAAGGAUGCAAGAUACCCGAAACGAGGUCCUACGAAACCGUGAGAGAUAGCAACUUAGUGGUUACACCAGCUUUAGCUAUAGCAAUAAGUUUAUACUCGUAUAUAAUUUUGAUUUAAGAGAAAAACAUUAUAACACACACACGAUAUAUUUCGUAAUAUUCAGUUAUUCAUUCAAAGGGUGCGCACAGAUCUGGCGAAUGCGCUGAACUAAUUGAUUGAUGCAUACAUUCCUUUACAAUUAUUUACUUAUUCAUAUAUUAAUUUUAUCCAUCUAAUCUGAUUAAUGUCAUGUCCUGUAUCAAUUAAUUUAAUUUGGUACCUAAUGCAUUGUUUAAUUGUUGGA